GGUUCAUGUAUUUAGUGCUUACUACCCGAACAGGUUUCCCCAUCGCAGUGGUUGAAAAUGUGGUUCGCUGUGCUGGCUCUGGUGGUGCUGCCACUGCUCGUGCUGGUGUACUUUGAACUUGGGGCUUUGCAUCGUCGCCGGCUGCUCAAGGAAUUCAAUGGACCCACUCCGAUCCCUGUUCUGGGCAACGCCCAUCGCAUCGGCAAAAAUCCGGCAGAGAUACUGGCCACUUUCUUCGAGUGGUGGCAUGACUACGGCAAGGACAACUUCCUUUUCUGGACUGGCUACAGCUCUCACAUUGUGGUGACCAAUCCUAAGCAACUGGAGUACAUUCUGAACAGUCAGCAGCUUAUACAGAAGUCCACCAUCUACACACUUUUGCAUCCAUGGCUGGGUUUUGGCCUUCUAACGAGUCAUGGCAUCAAAUGGCACAAGCACCGCAAGAUGAUCACGCCCUCCUUCCACUUCAACAUCCUGCAGGACUUCCACGAGGUGAUGAACGAGAACUCCAGCAAGUUCGUGGAACAGCUGAAGAAGGCGAGUGCCGGAGAUAGUAUCAUUGAUUUUCAGGAACACGCCAAUUACCUCACCUUGGAUGUGAUCUGUGACACGGCGAUGGGAGUGCCCAUCAAUGCCAUGGAGCAGCGCGACUCCUCUAUUGUGCAGGCCUUUAGAGACAUGUGCUACAACAUCAACAUGCGGGCAUUCCAUCCGUUUAAGCGCUCCAAUAGGGUCUUUAGUCUGACCCCCGAAUUUCCGGCUUAUCAGCGAACACUUAAGACGCUGCAGGACUUCACCUAUGACAUCAUAGAAAAGCGCGUGGAGGCUCUGCAGAAUGGAAGUUCUCAGCAGGAGCAAGAUCCUUCCCUGCCCCGAAAGAAGAUGGCUUUUUUGGACACGCUACUAUCCUCCACCAUCGAUGGUCGUCCACUCACACGGCAAGAGAUCUACGAGGAAGUGUCCACCUUCAUGUUCGAAGGCCACGACACGACCACCUCGGGAGUGUCCUUCGCGGGGUAUCUACUCUCGAGACAUCCCGAUGUUCAGCUGAAACUGUAUCAGGAGCAGUGCGAAAUUAUGGGUGAUGACAUGAACAGAAAUGCCAGUUUUCAGGAGAUUUCCCAAAUGAAAUAUCUAGAUAUGUUUAUCAAGGAGGUACAGCGCGUUUAUCCUAGUGUUCCUUUUAUUGGUCGCUAUUGUGAUAAGGACUACAAUAUCAAUGGCAGCUUUGUGCCCAAGGGCACCACCCUUAAUCUGGCACUCAUCCUGCUGGGCUACAACGAUCGCGUCUUCAAGGACCCCCACCAUUUCCGACCAGAGCGUUUUGAGGAGGAAAAACCCGGUCCCUUUGAGUAUUUGCCUUUCAGUGCUGGACCCCGGAACUGCAUCGGCCAAAAGUUUGCCCUUCUAGAACUGAAGACUGUCAUAUCAAAGAUGGUGCGAUCCUUUGAGGUCCUUCCAGCAGUCGAUGAUUUGGUCUCCACGGAUGGUCGACUAAACACCUACCUUGGGCUAGCCCCUGAAGAAAAGCUCAAACGAGAAGCAGGACGUCACAAAUAUGAUCCGGUUCUAUCGGCGGUUCUAACCCUUAAAUCCGAUAAUGGCCUCCACCUUCGUCUCAGAGAACGGGGAUCCUCAAUUUGCAUAUAG